UGGCACUUUUAAUGCAGUAAGAAAAGUGGAUCCAUUGUUAUUAUUUUUAUUUUUUACCUGUAUGUUUUUUACUUCACAUUUUUUUCAUUAAUAGCCAAUUUCUUACAUUGAUUACCAUUUGAAACACAUGGAGAAUAAUGUUUUUUCAUAAAUCAUGUAAAAUUAUCGCAUAAGAAUAUGUAAGUAAUUCUAGUCUUAUCUAAAUUGCUGAAACAUACACCCUAAGGACGAAACAGACUGUUAGAGAGAAGCAGUCUCUUCACACGAACAUGGAAACUGAGCUUGUAAAGUGUUGAAAACUUAAAUGUUAAUGCUUAGUUCUUUUAUUUUGAAGGUGCCAACCGGAACGAGUGUCUCGAUGAACUGCUCAGGCUUUGCUGCUGGUUGGGUAUAGAUAGUCAGUGCACCUCCUCGCGCCUCACCGGCCGUCGGUCGUCUCGAGCGCAGCUGAGGAAGACGCUGAAGCACCAGAGAAGCGCGGGAGGACCCAGAGCCGGACCCGAUCUUUUUCUUCUUCUUCUCCUUCUCCCUCUGCAUUUAGUUUCUGGAGUGGCGGAGCCAACAGAGACACAGUCCAGCAUCUUCUUUUCAUCAGCAAGGUGAGGAAGAGGAAGAGGAGGAGGAGGAGGAGAGAGGAGAGGAAGAGGAGACAGACAGCAGCAGCAGCAGUAUCUUGGCGCACUGGAGCUUAUGGAUUAUUGAGAAGUGGAGGCCGAAACGCGGAUCAAAUAUUCAUAAGGACUUUUUAAAGAGAAAAACAGAGUGGGAUAGUGCAGAGAUUCCAUGCAGUGAUUCACCUGCCCGGUCCAGCGCUGCGUGCGCUCUCACUGACCAGAGACCAGAGAACCAGCGCUGCUGCUGGAAACGGAUUCUGCAUCUAGCGUGUGUGACUGAGUGAGUGUGUGUGAGUGAGUGUGUGUGUGUGUGUGUGUGUGUGUGCGUGCGCGUGUGCGUGCGUGUGUAUGUGUGUGUGUUUGGAAAGGAGCCCCCCUGCUGCAGUACUUGCCUGCUCUGUGGGUACAGGGAUGCCACCGACUUGCUGACGGACACCCGGUAGCCUAUCCGCACCCCUCCCCUCCUCCUCCCCUCCCGGACGGACGGACGCACCGAGCCCUGCGAUCCCCACUAAUAUGCAAUGGUUUUUUGUGCAGAAGCCGACAGCUGCCGCGUACCGCCGACUUCACGCUAGCGCCGCCGCAUGCCUGUCAGCCGCUGCCGCUCCUCUCCCCGCGCCGCGCGGCAGACGACGCCAUUUGAAGAGGAGCGCUCGCGGGGUUUUCACGCCGCGGCGGCCGGGCGGCAGCAGCAGCGACCGCUCCUCUACCGCUGAGGACCACCGGCCGCUGGGGCAGCCCGAGGGGGAGACCGCGGAGAAAAGCGCCGCAGCGGUUGCUCUUUUCCUGCCGCACGGGGACGACGUCGACGCGGAAUACGUGCGGCUGCUGGUCUCUGGGCUUGUGGAGGAACCGGGCGAGAAACCGGGCGACGAGCCGGGCUUCCUGCUCUUAUUCUUGUCUAUGGUGCAGAUUGGGGGGGCGAAACACCGCCGAACUGAGCCCAACAGCUGGCCGGCUCUGCUGGCAUGCAAACAGGGGGGCGGAUCAGCCCCCAUGCGGUGGGUGAAUUUUAGGCUGCCGCAUCCGGAGCGCCUCUCGUCCCCCACCUCCUCUUCCUCCACCUCCUCCUCUUCCUCCUCCCCUGUCUCGGCCAAAUCCAUGCGGUUUAUUUGGAACAACAUUUUCAGCAAAGGAUCGCAUAUGCUGCAGUGUCUUUGUGGCAGGAGCCUCAAGAAAAACAAGAACCCAACUGAACCACAGCUGAAGGGCAUAGUGACCAGGUUGUUCUGCAGACAGGGCUUCUAUCUCCAGAUGGGCCAGGAUGGAAGUCUGGACGGGACCAAAGACGACAGCACCAACUCCUCUCUGUUUAACUUAAUUCCUGUGGGUCUGAGAGUCGUGGCCAUCCAAUCAGUCAAGACUGGCCUCUACAUCGCCAUGAAUGGAGAGGGUCACCUCUACUCCUCGGAACUGUUUACAGCAGAGUGUAAGUUUAAGGAGUCAGUGUUCGAGAACUACUAUGUGAUCUACAGCUCUAUGCUCUACAGACAGAAGGAGUCGGGCCGGGCCUGGUUUCUGGGCCUCAAUAAAGAGGGACAGGCCAUGAAGGGCAACAGGGUCAAAAAGACCAAACCAGCUGCACACUUCCUGCCUAAACCUAUAGAAGUUGCGAUGUACCGAGAGCCUUCGUUGCACGAUGUAGGGGAGGCGGUGCCUAAACUCGCCGGGGGCCCGCCUUCCAAAAGCACAACCAGCGAACCGGUGGUCAUGAACGGUGGCAAACCAGUCAACAAACCCGACAAGGAGGAGACAUAACCCCGCCCCCUUUUUACCCUCCUCUGGCCGACAGGAGGCCAGGAAAAGCCAGAGACUCGCCCCACUGCUGCGCUCUCAACAAAAAAACCACAAAAAAAAACAAAUCUACAACGAAAGGUAACAAAACAAAUGACAGCUCAAGUUCUGACUGGUCAGCAGCGGGGCCCGCACGUCCCGCCUCACCUCUCUCCCUAUUGGACAUAUCAGGUAUUGAGGGGCAGGGCCAGAGGGACACAGUGCUGGGGCUGGUGGCGGGGGGAAAGCGGAAGAAGUAGGCGGGCCAGUGCCAGCCAGAUAUUUUGGAACUGGGACAGUGGCAUGCCCUCAUAUUGGAGACAAAAUGACUUCAUAAAAACAAAACAAAAAAAAGUGGAAAAAAAUGUCGUCCUCACCGGUAUUUUUCUGUGACAAUCUGUAAGAACAAGGCCCUGUUUUCCUCUCCUGAUAGUACUGUUUUCUGUUGCCAGGUAUGCUUGCUCGCUCGUGGCUACAGACACACACACACAUAUAUAUGCGCACAACUCCUACCGCAAAAUCGACCACUUGGAUUCGAUCUUUGAGUAAAUAAAAAGCAGAUUAAAAACAUCCGCAAACAUCGGGCUAAGAGACCACUUUAAACACCAAACACUGAUGAUUCAGAGGGUGCUUAGUCAUCGAUCAAUUAAGAUUUGGCACAGGACGUUCUGUGCUAAGCUUACAAUGAAAUGUACUUGAAAGUGGCCCUGUGCAUUACAUACAAGGCAAACAAACCUGCUGACCUGUCUCUAAUUUUGAUCAAACUAUAUAUCUGUUAUAACAAGAGAGCUCUUAUUUGAGACCACAUAGCUUAAAGCAUGUUUGUCUUUUCAGUAUUCCUUUAUUAUCUAUUUGUUAGGUGGUUAUUCUGGCACACACAAAGCACUAGUGAUUAUCGAGCUGCAUUGUUGUACAGACACAAAACAGAUUUUAGUUUCUACCUCUCUGUCUGACAGCUUCUUUUCUUUCACUUUACGAACGCUAUGAUUUCCACAUCGCUGACACAAGUGUAGCUCAGGAGAGGAGGGGAUCAGUCGUUUCAAACUGGUGCGUAGCUGAAACCAGAAAGAUUUACACAAAUUCCCCAUUUGUAGCAGCAGGGAGGGUAUAGGAGGCAUGCUGUCCGAGCAGCAUGGUAGCAGUCAGUGUUUACAUGGAGUAGCAGAUAUUGUAGACUGAGGUUUAUCAUAGGGAGAGGUCAAACCUCAAGAAAGGUCAGAACGCGGUAGUACUUUUAAUCUCUGCUCCCUUCCCAAGUACUUGAAAUGAAAGGUAGGAAUGAGGGUAUUAGUUAACAGGGUAAAUGGUGUUAAAGCCACUAUGUGUAGAUUUUGAACGUGUCCAACUUUACUACCCAGUGCUACUUUCAAAAUAGGCACUGUGGUAGACGCAUAGAUCAGACUCGGACCCAGGCACUAGAGGAGCCGAGACCCAGUCUAAUCUGGUUAGGUGAGGUCCUGUUGUGUUGCAGCAGGUCUCAGGCAGUGGUGGAAGACGUAACUAAUAGUGUAAAAGCACUCCAGUACAAGUGAAAGUCCUUCAUUCAACAUCCCACUCAUGCAAAAGUACAAACAUAUUAUCAGCUAAGUAUAUGAAAAGAAUAGAAAGUAAAAAAUACUCAUUCCACAGAAAAACAGCCCCUGGCACUGAGAUAUUAUCAUACAUGACAUUAUUAGAUUUUUAAUACUCAUUUAUCCAUGUAUAAGUACCAUUUUAGUGUUAGUAGUUGUGGCUGGUUUAGGCGCAGCCAGUUAACUACUUAAUAUACAAUCAAUCGUUUAUUCCAGUGGUUUCCAAUAUGGGUGUCAGGCCCCUCCAAAGGGUCACAGGAUCAAUGUGAGAGGUCAUAACAUAAAGAGGAUGUAACCUUGUUGGACCUCAGACAGUGUUAGAGUUUAAAGAGGAAAGUCAUUCUUUGGUGCAGGUGUUAACAAUUCAUAGACGUACAGAGGGAACCACUGGUUAAGUCUAAUGGAGUAAAAAGUACAAGAUUUCCCUCUGAAAUGCAGACACAGAAGUAUAAAGUGGCAGAAAAUGAAAAUACUUCAGUAAAGUGCAAGUGCCUCAAAAUGUCCUUAAGUUCAAUACUUGAGGAAAUGGUUACUUUCCACCACUGCUCUCAGGUCUCUGUGUCAACACGUCUGAUACUCAGCUGGAUCCAGGCAAACUUGUUAUCAGCUGUGAUCACAGGCAUAAUCAUGGCAGGUGAAAAAUGGAGGAGUGUUUUUUUUUUUUUGGCACAAAACUGGGAGUGUUAACUGUGAAGUGCUGGAAAAGUGACAUGGACUUUAACACUUUUCCGACUGUGGUUAGGUGGCCCAUUGUGCUGCUGCUGCCAGCAUUGGCGUUCACUCUCUGUGCUCAGGCUGACAGCAUUUAGGACUGGCUCUAAUUAGUCUUGGGUCUAAACGGACGGGGGCACGGGUCCCUUUUUCCCUUUUUUUUUUUUUUUUUUUUUUGUUUAAAUUAAUUUAUGCAGGAUAGGAUUUCCCGCUGGACCCUGGUCUGUAAUUUGAAUAAUGCUGUAAUCACAUAAAAAGUCUUCACAUAGUGGCUUUAAAUUAGUUUAGGUUACUUUAAAAGUAUUAGUUUUAUUAGUAUUAGGUUUCUGGAGAAAAUGAUGAAAACCACCAAAAAACAAAAGGCACACAUUGAUUACAGUGUUAAAAAAAACUGUCAUCACAUCAAAAUACUGAAAUAUGGCUUUGAGUGAAGAAAAGGCAGAAAAUCAAAUGAAAUUAAACCAAACAGAUUCCCAUGCUUCGUCCUCUCACUGUGACAGUCAACAUGGCACCAAUCUGUUCUGGACUUGAAUCCUGUUCGACACCCGGGCUUUCUGUUUACUCGUCUUUCUUUGAUGGCAAGUCUAGACGCCAAUUAACUCCUCAAGAAGUUACACCAGUAGCCGGUUGUAUCGCUGAGGAGAUAUUAAUACUGUGAUCCCACGCUUCAUAUUAGUGUCAGUGACAAUGAGGCAGACACAUGCUUAAGAAUAUAUUCAUUACGAAACAGAAACUGUGCAUCUCUCUCGCUUUGAAUCCCAAUUUUGGGCACAAUAACCUCUUUGCAUUUUAAUGAGAUCUUUGAAACACUGUCUCAUUUGCUGAAGAUGAAUGACCUCCACUGACGUUACCACAACUACAAAGAAACAACAAGACAAAGCAAGCAACCCGACAAAAAUCAAGGCCGCACGAUUAAUCCUUGCAGUUGUUCCGACAUCAAACAAGCACCAGCCAAGAUCAGCUGCAAACCCCCCACCCCCCUCCCUCCCAGCAGCCUCGGCAACAGGUCCGGCUCGUGUCCGCGUGGCAGGUGAAACCCUGCACUGCUGCACACGAGCCAAGCCGCUCUAACGUGUUAAAUGUCGUCCUGCCGUGUCGUACCGAGGAUGCACUCCCUGACUGAAGAGACUGUGAAAAUACUAGACAGCUCUCAGUGUUUCUAAUUGGCAUUUCUCAGAUCCCCCCCCCCACAUACGCCACAUUUUUCUCUCCUCUGAUCUCAUUAGCUGUUACUUGCCUCUGUCUUCAAAUAUGUGUAGCUGACCAGCUUACAUUACAUGAACUUAUCCAGUCUAAAGUGCUCAUGCUGGUGUUAUCUUGUGGCCUUUCAGUACUGUUUUGAAGGAGACUACUGAAUACAAAGGAGUAAAAAAAAAAAAAAAACAGAUUCAAGAGAAAUCAGAGUUUAGCAUUUUAUAAUGUAUCUUCAUACUGAAAAUCCACAAGUACACGUGAACUGUGUCGCUGCUGUUGGUUUAUCAGAAAGUGUUAUAUUUGCUGAUUAGUUCUAGCUAUGUGAGUGCCUCUCAUCCCCAGCCAAGCUCAAGAUGUUAGAUCCAGGGGCAGCUGUAGAUUUAUGCUAAACGCUCCUGGAAUCCAGCAGAGUUUUCACAAGAUUUUCCACAUUCUCAAAGUCGUUUUAAACUUCGGCUCAGUCCUGUCUGAUGUUACUCUUAAGAGCAGAAGUGGGAUGGUGGUGCUGGUGAAGAAGUCGUCUUUUUGACCGGUGUUGUGCUCGUCUCACGUCAAAGAAAUGUGGAUGUAACAUUUAUCGACUAUUUGUUGUGCUACUAACAAAAAGCUAAAAUAAUAAUAAUAAUAAUAAACCUAGACAAUCAGGUCUGUAAGUUAUUUUCAACGCAUCCUGUGUUGUCUCGACUGCCUGUGUCUCAGCAGAACCUUUCCAAGAAGCCACUUUAAUGGCAGUAUGGAGGACGAUGUUUUUGUACUUGCCUGAGCAGCCAUUUAGAGAUACAGUCGCUAACAAGACUCUGGGAAAGCCGCUGCUUUUACUGAAUGAUUAUCAAGCAGCUAAUUUGUCUGUCACUGCUGGCAGAGGAAUAGGAACCGAAUCCUCCUCAGUUCGGAGAGGCCCUGCUUGUUAGGUUAGCAGAAGGGUUCACAUCCUGUGAAAGCAGCUAUUGAAGAUCCGUGGCACAUGCUCAAGAAUUAAUUAUGGUCGAGGCCAGAGAAAAAUGGCCUGGUUUCCUGGCGACUGACCAAAGACACUGCUACAAUAGCGUUUCCAGGCUCGUAAUCAUAGUUCCUGGUUCAAACAACAACGACGCAAUUACUGUCAGCGUCUCCUGAGAGAUUUCUCCCUCACUAGUGGUUAGCCAGGUACCAGGGCUACAAUUAUGAGAUAUCUAACAGCGGGGCUCUGUGCAGGAAGAGAGCAGCUGAUUUAAUUAGAAGUGAGCAAUCACGACAACCUGGGUCACUUUUAAUUUCCACAUAUGAGUACCACUCAUGUUUUCAUGGCAGGUACACAUGUAGCCAUCUUACUUUGUCCUGCAUGAACUGUAGCUGAGGCACAAAAUGGACCCAAGAUGAGACCUAAUAGGACGAGAAGGCUUUUGUGACCUGACCACAGGUGCACUUUAGAGACACAAGGACAUGUAAUGGUUAGCACUGUACCCAUGAUGUAGCUUUGUCUCCCUCAGGUUUUUUUUCUUUGCCGUCUCUUUCUCCCUCCCUGUUCCACUUUAUUCCUCUUACAAAAGAAAGCCUUAUUACAUCUGAAUCUGAAACGAGACAGUAAACGCACUCUCCUCCCAGCUGUUUCUUUCUCCGAACACUCUCAUCCCACACACACACACACACACACACACACACACACACUCACACUCUUCAUCCUAUUUUACUUUUCAAUUAUCCUUUGAUCCCCAAUCUUCUGUUCACUGUAACUAUGCUAGCUUUCGCUCUCUGCUCGUUUUGUAAUCAUGCAGCCAGAGAACUUAUUCCCACCUCCUCUUCUCUCCUCCACAACCCCCCACCUCCUCCACCUCCUCUCUCUGUUUGGACUAUUUUCCCACUUGUUGCAUGGUUUUUAAAAGACGAAAGAUGACGGGGGACUAAUGCAUGUGGUAAUGUAGGAAAUAUGUUAUCAAAACAAAACAAACAUUUACAGCAUAGCACCAGUAAAACUUUGCCUCUGGCUCAUCUCUGUCACUGGUUUGCACUGCUGGAGAUGCCACAGUGACUUCAGAUAUUUGUCCCAUUUACACAAUCAAAUCUUACAUUUGCUCUACUAAGACAUAUUGUUUUUAAAACAUAAUCCAUCAUUGAAAUAAUGGAGCAAAGGAAGAAUAAAUCCUAAUUACUUCAUAUCACUAACAUUGUUACACUGACGCAUGUCUUACGUGGAAUAAUGUGGGCAGAGCAUCACAUCAAUAUUUAAUUCCUGAAAGCAGUGAAAUGAAUAUUAUGCAGGGACGAGUAAUUGCUUGAUAUUCUUUGCUUCUUCUUUUAAUGAUGGAUUAGAGCUCAGGAAGAUAUCCUGGUUGCAGGUAGAUGUAGAAACACAUUGCAGAAGCUAACCUUAAACCAGGUUAGUCAUUCUACGUAUCACAGUCUUAAAAAUAUUUACUCUCUGAAUGGGUGGCAAUCGUCGUUCUGAUGUAGAAAAAAUCAGUGUCAAGUAGGUGUAAAGUAACAAAACAAAAAAAGUUAACCAGGCUGAGAAAGGUCUCAACCAUUAAAGUUAUACAAUACAAUGAUGGCGCAGGUUUUCUUCAGUGCUGCUGGAGUGCGCUCAGUGCUGCCGGUGGCCAGAAGCCAUAUUUCAUGUUGGGAUUCAGAGUGUGUUUAGAUGAAAUAAUCACAUUAGCAGUGUAAAGAUGACCACGACACGUUGUUGCAUCUUUUUAGUGCAAACCAUGCUAGCCAUGAGCCAUAAACAAACUAACUGGUGCUAACUUUAAAGGAGAUUUCUCUGUCUGUCAGUAAAUGUACAGUUACCUUUACAUACAUAUUAUGCAAACAGUUUGUCUGCACUGUACAGUUUGUGUCCAAUCCAUUGUAUACACACAGAAAACAAUGAUAUUGAAUAAAGGAUUUAUAGAAAGGAA